UCUGUGCGCUGUUCCUCAGCGUGUGGCGGACGAGCUGGUUUAUUUGCUCGAAUUUGUCUGUUUUUUGCCGAGGCGUCUGAAAGAGAAACGCGGAUUUGGCUUUACUGUUUUUUUAUUAUUAUUACGGAGCAAUCUACAGCAGCGAGGGCGCCCGGAGUUGGGAAAACCACCUCGUCGGUCUUGCUCCACUUUGCUAUAUCUCUCGGACUUUUUUCCUCUUCCCUCCCUGCGGGCUGAAGAAACAUGAGCUUCCUUUUUGGGAAUCGCUCGUCCAAGACAUUCAAACCGAAGAAGAAUAUUCCAGAGGGUUCCCAUCAGUAUGAGCUGUUGAAACAUGCCGAGGCUACACUUGGAAGCGGUAACCUGCGUAUGGCAGUUAUGCUGCCGGAGGGUGAAGACCUGAAUGAGUGGGUCGCAGUAAACACGGUGGACUUUUUCAAUCAGAUCAAUAUGCUGUAUGGCACCAUCACAGACUUCUGCACUGAGGAAAGCUGUCCGGUUAUGUCUGCCGGCCCCAAGUAUGAAUAUCAUUGGGCGGAUGGAACUAACAUUAAGAAGCCAAUCAAAUGUUCUGCUCCCAAAUAUAUUGAUUACCUUAUGACCUGGGUGCAAGAUCAGCUUGACGACGAGACACUAUUCCCGUCAAAGAUCGGUGUGCCCUUCAAGCGAAACUUUAUGUCUGUGGCAAAAACCAUUCUGAAGCGCCUGUUUCGGGUCUACGCCCACAUCUACCAUCAGCACUUUGACUCAGUCAUGCAGCUGCAGGAGGAGGCCCACCUCAACACUUCUUUCAAACACUUCAUCUUCUUUGUUCAAGAGUUCAACCUGAUCGACAGGAAGGAGCUGGUCCCACUGCAGGAGCUGAUUGAAAAACUGACGACCAAGGAUAGAUAAACAGCAAUAUAACCGUUUCUUUCUAUUCGUUUUGCACAGAUACCCACCCCACCCUGGCUGUAUGUAUGCAGUAUGUACUAUAUAUUUCUCUUUAGGGAAAUAGUUUCAGUAAGGCCAGGAACAAGGAAGGGUUUUGAUAGGUUAAGGCACCAGGACUAAGGCUAUCAGGGAUUACACACUAAAUUGAAUAAGCCACAGUUGAAUAUAUUGGACAAAAAUAUUUUUAGCUCAUUGGACGGGUCCUCAGAAGUCAUGUCAGUAUUUAUUAGGGUUUUUUCCUCACGUUUAGAGUGAUAAAGUCAUGUUUAAGUUAGGAUUGUGUUACACUGCAAAACUUUAUUUUCCCUUUAUUUGGAAUUGCGGCAACACUAAAGCAUGUCCACGUCUAAGACGACCACAGAUUUGUUGGGUAUUAACAAAGUUGCUGUCUGUUUGUAUUAAAAAAAAAAAAGAAAAAGAAUAGGCCAAUUUUCAAGUCAGUUUGAUAAGCACUAGUUGAUUUUAAAUUGUCCGGCUUUGCACAGGAAGCUAGGUUUAUUAGCGUUCACAUCGGUAGGGUAAUUGCUCAAGUCUGUCAAUACGUCAGAAAUAUUCCCAAGUGCCUGACAUGGCUCGUGGUCGUCAUAUGCACAGUGAAGAGUGUAUGAAAGAUAAAGUCCACGGUUUUUCCUUGCCUGACAUCCAAUAAGAGAUCGAAGGUCAUUUACUUAGCCCUAAAUGCAUGUGUUGGAUCUAAGUCCGACUGAUUUGAAGAACAUUUUUGUCUCUCGAAAACGUACAGCCUGACGACCCCGGCUCCUUUUUGAUCCUAAAUCUCUUGCGUCUUGAGUUAAUGAGUGUUCCGUUAUGGUUUUUCAUAAGUGAAUGUGUCUGAAGACAGAGCUGAGGCAUGAGGUAUAUCAUAGUGUUGCAGGGACUAAAAAUUAACUCUCUAUCCUUGCAGUGUAUACUUGUGAUAUUUUUCUCUAAAUCAAUUUAGUUGAUUUUUCAAAAUGGGACUUGAGAUUUGGGGCCAUGCCAAUGUUUUUUUUUUUUUUUUUUACGUUUUGACUUAAUUUUGAAACAGGAGCACAUUUUCACUCUUGUCAAGGCAAAUUUUCAAAAGAUUUGAAACUUUAAACUUUUAUCUCGUGGUCCAUAUAAAGAGAUAGAGGACUGUGUUGAAGCUCACACUACACUGUUUAUACAAAUGUAAUUAAUUGGAUCCUGCUGCAUCCCUCAUCUUACUAGCCAUGAAGCACUUUGAACAAUUUUCCUGACCUCUCUUUUGCCUGAAUGUUAAGUCUACAUAGAGUGCGCUUUGUGAAAAGCUUUAUUAUGUGACUGAUAAUAGUUUUUACCUUAAUAUUUCCCUAAAUGAAUGUUGUUUAAAUUGCUUAACCACCACUAAAAUAGGCUAUACGGCAUAUCGGCAUAUUCCAAGUGAGAUUUUUUUGUAUGCUUUAAUAUAGUCUGAGUUGUGUGUUCAGCAGAUGCAUGAAUUUUUUUCCAAUUUAAAAGUGUAGUUUCCUAUGCAAUAAUUGUUAAGAAGCUCAGAGGGUUAUCAGUCUUAUCAUUCAAAGUUCAUCACUUUUUGCGUUAUAGUGCUUACAUUUUGCUGUGUAUAAUAGGAAAACAUUGGAUUUUCUUAAGGUUUUUCACCUUGCCCAAUACGGUUUAAGAAAAUGGGUGUUUUACAUAUAUUUCAAUUCGAUAUAUCGAGAAAGGUGUUACACAGACGUGCAGACAUGUAAAUACAAAGCGCUAGAGCUCUUCGAAUAAUUGACACCACGCGCGGUGUGUUAACAUUUUCUGAAUUCAUCAUUGAUUCUUUUCAGAGGUUAGCUUUUCCUAUUUUCCAGGAGAAACAAUCCGGUACCCCUUUCUCACUUCCCUCAAUCAGGCUACUAUGAAUGUUACUGCUCCACAAAUCUGAAAAUGUAAGAAAUCAGAAAUCAUUGUUAUGAAAUAGCCUAAUCAAAGCCCCGCCUGUUACCGACAUUCUUCCAGAUUAACAGCUGAUGAAAUGUUUGUAAAUAUUGACAUGAUUUAGGGUUUGAAUGCUACUGAAUUGAAUUAUACUGUUUACGAAGGCAAAUAAAAGGUGGUUUUUGACUCUU